GCGCGGACACACUUCGGUCCUUCUUCGUUUUAUGGCAUUUGUUGGUCAGCUGGGCGGAACCGAAGCACGAAGGAGUGAACAACAUUCGGUAAAAAUGUGAAAGUAAAGUCCGCUGAACAUAGUUGUGUCCAAAGAGACAGAGAAAAAUGGACUCCGCUGGGAUCAACACCAAGAAGAAGAAGUUGUGGCUCUGCGGUCUCCUUUGGUGGUCGCUCCUGCUCGAACUGACGUCUGGGGCUUCUUUCUACGGGGAUGGCUUCAUACAGCUAAAGGCAACAGAGUCGUCGGACCAUAAUGUGCUCCGUACUCGCUUCCGGACCUCCAGCACCGACGGCCUGAUGUUUCUUGCUGCCGGUCAGGCAAACUACUUCCUACUAGAGCUCCAUGCUGGUCGCCUGCAGAUGAAACUGGAUAUUGGAUCAGGGGAGCAGGUUUUAGAGUCAGAGCAGGGUAUUCAGCUCAACGAUUUGGCCUGGCACUCAGUGGAGGUCCACCAUGUGCAGUUAAAUGUCACUAUGACUGUCGACAAAAACUCUCAUACAAGUAUAAAGAUGCCUGGCUCCCAUCACUAUCUCCACAUUAAAGAUGGUCUUUAUGUUGGAGGCUCGGGAGGUUUGGACAAAAUCUACCUCCCCAGAGACUUAAUCAGCUUCCGAGGCUGCAUGGAUGAGAUGGUGUUCAAUCAACAUGACUUACUGUCAUCACUGAGGCCCUACACUGGAUACAAAAAUAUUUAUGAAGUCUCCUUAGGCUGCAAUCCCCAGUUCUUCGCCAAUGAUGAAGAUCCUAUCAGUUUUUUCAGUUCCAGGGCCUAUAUUUCCCUUCCAACUUGGAAUCAUCAUCAUCAGCAGGCUACGUUUGAGUGUGUUGUGCACACCUCAGCCAAAGAGGGAGUAAUCCUUUACAGUUCAGCUAGGGAUGGAGGCUUUGUGGCUCUGGAGAUACAGGAAGGUUUUCCAGUAGCUGUUGUAGGGAAAGGUGGAGUCAAAACUGAGCUACAUUCUCAAACAUCCAUCAGUGACAGAAAAUGGCAUUCUCUUAAGUUGCAUUUCAGUUCCAAAAACCUUGAGCUGACAGUGGAUAAAGAAAUGGUAAAGAGCAGCAUUAUCUCUCACUCAAAGAGGCUUCAUCUCAAAGGUUUUCUUUUUGUUGGAGGUAUUGAUGAUGGUACCAGGUUAGAGGUGAGAAAGGUUGGUCUUGUUUCUGUAUCAGGAAAGCGUGUCAGAGGUGGUUCCUUCAAAGGAUGUUUAAGGAACAUUGAAAUAAACAGAGUUAAGAUGGGUCUCUCCAAUGCAGUAGUCACCAAAGAUAUCUCAGUAGGUUGCGAACCAGAUAAACCAGCUGAGGAACCAAGCCCUGUGAGUCCUACAAGUACGCCAAGUCCAGUUUUGUACAUUGCAACACCAACACCAUCUCUUCAGAUGUCAACCCUUGCAGUUGGCUUGGACAAAAGGUACGGCUCAGAUUUUGUGCAUCUUAAAAAUCUUGUUGUCCAGGAAGGUGGUCGAGCCUCUCUUGAGGCCAAACAUAUUAAAAUAUUCCUGGACUUCAAGAUGCUUGGUAUUCGACAGUCUCAAAUUAUGUUUAGAAUUGAAGAGCAGCCAGUUAGAGGUCAGAUAAGACUUGAUGUUGAUGAAGACCAAGAGGAGAACACCUUCAGCAUGUUGGAUCUUUGGCAUGGUAGGGUGAUAUAUGUCCACGGAGGCUCUGAGGAGCUAGAUGACUUCUUCAUGUUCUCAGUAUCUUGUAGCAGCAGAAAACCAGUUCCUGAUUAUCUGAAAGGCAGCAAAUUAUACCGCUACAACAUAACUGUGACACCAACCAAUGAUGCACCUGAAUUAAGCCUUCCUGAAGGAAAUCUCUUUGUCUUAUUGGAAAAAUCUAAGAAACAUCUCACCACAGAAGUUCUGAAAGCAACAGACAUUGACAGCAACUACACCGACCUUGUAUUCUCUGUACUGGGGAAUUUGAAUGCUGAUGCAGGCUACUUGGAAAUAGAGAGCAACCCUGGCAAGGCAGAGACUUCAUUCUCAUAUGUUGAUCUAGAUGAAAUGAGGGUGUUCUACGUCCACACGGAUGUGAGAAACUCGAGGAUAGUUCUGAGAGUUAGUGAUGGAGACAAGGUCAGCAACACUGUAGUUUUAAGGGUCAUGGCUGUAGAGCUGGAAUACAAGAUUGCCAACAACACUGGUCUUGAGAUCACCCAAGGAGAAACUGCUAUUAUUAGUUCAAAGCAGUUGGCCAUGCAAACGAAUGCAAUAAAGCAAAUUGUAGACAUCCGCUACGACAUCAUUGAACCACCAGAGUUUGGAGAACUCCAGAGACUUCACUCAAGUGGUGAAUGGCGGCGCACUGACUCAUUCUUGCAAAGACUUCUUGAGAAAGAGCGACUUAGGUACGUUAGCACCUUUCAAGAUAUCCAGAGCUCCAACGUCACUGAUUAUUUUAAGUGCAAGGUUAAUGUGGCUGGGAGAGCAAACACUGAAUUACUUUUCCCAAUUGCUGUUAACUGGGUGAAGUAUCAGUUGGUGAGGAAUGUCAUGAUAAAUAUGGAUAAAGUUAGAAAAGUGACGCUUAACUCAGAGUACCUUCUUGCGAGAGCUGAAGGUGUGGCCCUCUCAGAUGAUGUCCUUUAUUUUCGGGUUCUCACUACACCAAAGAAAGGGAAACUCCUGCUUGACAACACAGUCUUGAUGAAGAACUCAACCUUUAGUCAAAGGGAUCUAACAGAUGAAAAAGUCCAUUAUGAGCUCGUUGACAGACCUUACGAGGACACAACUGACAGAUUCAAAUUUCAGCUGGUCUCUAAACAUGCUCAGUCUGAAAAUUAUGAUUUUCAGUUUUCAAUCAAAGCCGAUAUCAAUACCGUGUUUAUGAGAAAUAAAGGGCUCUCCCUUCAGGAGGGAGAAGGUAAACUUAUCACCAAAGAUGAGCUCUUUGCAGAGACUUUAAGCACAAGGGACAUGUUCUACACAGUCAUAAGCAGCCCCAAACAUGGAAGGCUGGCCCGCAUUAGUCAGUCAAAUUCCAAUGCCAGCUAUGAUAACAUCUUGACCUUUAGUAAUCAGGAUAUCUUGCAGGAACGAUUAAUGUACAUCCAUGAUGACAGUGAAACUACACGGGAUAAUUUUACUUUUAUAGCCUCUACCAGCCAAGGGUUCAAGUCUUCCAUUCUGGAUGAUGAAGUUGGCUCCAAAGAAGGAACCUUCAACAUCUCUGUUCAGUUAGUAAAUGACCAAAAGCCAAUUCGAAUCAUUGAUAAAGUUUUCCAUGUAGUAAGAAACGGACAGAAGCUACUCACUACAGAAGAUUUGUUUUAUCACGAUGCCGACUCUGACUUUGAGGAUGGCCAGCUCAUUUACACCCGACGUGGGAUACCAAUUGGAGACCUUGUGCUGGUCAAUGACACCUCUCAUCGGCUGUUUCAGUUUCCACAAAAGGACUUGGAGGAAAAGCGGGUGUUGUUCAUUCACAAGGGUGCUAGCACUGGCAGAUUUGUUCUUUUUGUGUCAGAUGGAAAAAAUUUUGUAUCAGGCCUUUUAGACAUUAGUGCUUAUGACCCUUUCCUGAAGGCUGGCAACAACACGGGUCUGUUGGUUCAGAAAGGACAGUCAGUAACAUUUACCUCCAACAAUUUCAGCAUCAUAUCAAAUUUGGAUAUCCGAGACGACCAGGAGGUCAUUAUGAAGUUGGAAGAGCCUCCCAGAUACGGCGGUCUUUAUCGUAAUAAAACAAAGGUUGAGUCAUUCACACAGUCCGACCUAAAGGAUGGCCUGAUCUUCUACAGGCAUGAUGAUGGCAAACAUCUGGCAGACCAUUUCAACGUGACUGUGAAUGCCAAAGGUCAGCAAAUUACACAGAGAGUUAAUGUGAAGGUCUAUCUAGAAAGUCAUCAGAGGCCGCCCAUCAUACAGCAUCAGGAGACUUUACUGGUGGAAGAGGGAAAACCAGUGAAGUUUGAUGAAACUAAACUGGAGGUCACCCAUGAGGACAACCUGCCAUCUGAGAUUGUGUUCGCAGUCAAGGUUGCUCCGUCUCAUGGCUUUCUCCGGCGCUUUGUGGAAGCUGAGGAGCGCUACAUCGGAACCAAGCAGUCGCCUGUCGAGACGUUUACCCAAGCUGACAUCAACAAGGGGAACAUCCAGUACGUUCAGGUGGAGCCGUACAAAGUAAACGACACCUUUGUCCUGGAUGCCACCAAUGGUGUCACUGACGUCAGCAACAUAAGGAUACCUGUUGACAUCAUCCCACUGCUCAUUCCUCUGCACGUCACCAAUUUCACCAUUAAUGAGGGCGCCUCAAAAGCACUGACAGAGGAUGUGCUUAAAGUCACCACUAGGCACUUUUCUGGAUUGAACUUCUUUUAUAAUUUGACAAAACCUCCUCACCACGGUUACAUUGAGCACUCUCAACAUCCUGGUGUGCCUAUAACCACUUUCACCAGGAGGCAGGUGGAGCAUGAAUUUAUUUACUACGUCCACGACAGCAGCGAAACCUUGGUCGAUAAUUUUACGGUGGAGGCCCACGAUACAGGGUUAAGGAAGCAGAGUGCCGCCCAGACGGCUUACAUCGAGCUUACAGCUGUUAAUGAUGAGCCUCCUGUUAUUACAGCCAACAAGGUCCUCAGGGUUUGGGUGUCAUCAGUUACAGAAAUCACACUGGAGGAUCUUAGAGCCGAGGACCUUGAUACUCCAGCAGAUGAGCUACACUUCAUGGUUACCCCACCCAGCAAUGGACACCUGGCCCUUAAAAGCAACCCAAUGAAGGCAGUGCUAAACUUCACACAAGCCCACAUAGACCAAGGACAGCUGCUGUUUGUCCACAAAGGUGCCAUGUCGGGGGGAUUUAACCUUCAAGUCAAUGAUGGUGUGAAUUUUACUCCAAGGCAGAUCUUCAGCAUUACCGCCAAAGCUUUAGUUGUGAAUUUGGAGAAAAACCGCCCACUCAAGGUGUUUCCUGGUUCUUCCAGACCGAUCACUAACGAGGAUUUACAGGCUGUGACCAAUGAUGUCGCCAACCCCUCUAACCGCACGAUUACGUUCAAUAUGGUUCGUCAUCCUAAACUGGGACGUUUAGCAAGGAAGCAGUCUAAUAACUCCACAGUGGAUAUCUCCACUUUUACACAAGAUAUGGUGGACAGAAAGGAAGUUAUCUACAUUCAAACGCCAAUUGAGUUGGUGGGCUGGGAAGCUGUGGAUUCUAUAACCUUCUCCGUUAUGUCACCACCUGCCUCUAUAGACAGUCAGACUUUCAAAAUAGACAUCUCCUAUGAAAAUAAACGACCUGAACACAACACUGUCCUCAUCAAAAACACAGGUGCUGAGGUGACUGAAGGGGAGAACGUUAUCAUUGAUGAAUACAAGCUGGAUGCCUCUAACCUGAUGUCCAAGCUGCCCACACCAGAGCGGAGCUCCUACGAGGUCUGGUUUCAGGUGACUGAUCUGCCUCAGCACGGCGUUAUCGUGGUAGGUGAGAGAAAUCUCACCCAAGAGAAACCCAACUUUUCCCAGUUCAUCGUCACCAAAUAUGGUAUCGUCUACAGCCAUGACAACUCGGAGACAACUCAUGAUUCUUUUGUAUUCGGUGCUUGGUUGAAUCCUAAAGGCAGAACUGCCCAACGGCCUCAAGAUGAGAAGGAUGUUAUUGUUGAGCGUUUUAACAUCACAGUCAGGCCUGUGAACGAUCAACCACCUGUGCUAAAAACUAAAACUCCAGGUCUAAAGGUGGUACAGGGAGACAGAGUAGCCAUCGGGCCAGAGGAUCUCAGAGUUGAAGACUUGGACGAUCCUCCAGGGGAUAUUACAUUCUCUGUGAUUAGCAAACCAAGCAACGGUUACCUUGCUCUGCGAGGAGGUUUGAAUGAGUCAGUGGUGGCCUUCACUCAAGCUCAAAUCAACAACAGAAGCGUCUAUUUUAUCCAUGACGGAAGCUCUGCCUCAGGCGUGUUUUACUUCAGCGUCACAGACGGACAUCACAAGCCAGUAUAUAAACUUUUUAACAUAGAUGUGUCAGAGAUCACCAUCACUCUGCUCAAUUACACUGGAUUGUCACUGCAGCAAGGGAAGACUGUGGCAGCUCUGACCCAGGACAACCUUGCUGCAGAGACCAAUGGCAAAAGUGUCAGCAUCCACUACAUGAUUACAAAACCUCCCAGCUUUGGCAAAAUUCUCAAGGAAAACCAGGAAGUUACACAUUUUACACAGGAGGAUCUUUUGGCUGGAAGCUUGGCCUACCACAUGACCUCACUGUCCUCCGCAGAAGACAGCUUUGAGUUCACUGCCUUCACUUUGGAGGCGAAUCUUACCGGUCAACUCCUUAACAUAACUGUCAGACCUCUGAUCCAGGUUGCCCAAGGAUUGAAGAUUCCCAAUGGGAUCCCUGUCAGGCUCAACACUAGCUUUUUUAAUGUGUCUGAACUGGCUGCUAUAAGUGAUAGUGACCCUGUGUUUGAAAUUAUGUCCCAUCCUAAGUUCGGAAAGGUUGUUCAGACAAGUUCUAAAAGGUCCAGGAAGUUUGUCCCAGCUGUGUCCUUCACAUUUCAGGAAGUGAUGCAGGAAAAAAUUGCAUUGGAGCUGAAUGGCAACAUGACUGGAGUCGAGGAGCUGAAUGAUUCCCUUGUGUUUGUGCUGAAAGCUGAUAAUGUCCAACCUGCUAAAGGGGAAUUUUACUUUACAGUUGUCCCCUACAAUCCAGUAGCUAUUCCAUCCACAAAAAGCCCAGUCCCGACCACAUCACCCAUUCCUCAGACACCAGUCAGGAUUUUUAGGAAUGGCACUGCUUCCCCUGUCCCGUCUACGGUUUUCCAUCCCACCCACCAACCGAGCAAAAACCAGCAGAAAUUCAAGGGCCGUAACCGCUGGGGGAACUCAAACAGAACUAGCUUUUUCAGCACAACCCUUGGAAAGCCGCCUCGAACAGAAGAGUUUCCUUUCAGAAACACACCAGUUCGAGUGGAGUCCUAUCCUCAGAAAACCUCCAACCCACUCCUCAUCAUCCUGCCACUUCUGGCCCUUCUGCUGCUUAUAAUUAUCUUUGUGGUCGUGGUCGUCUAUUUUCGACACCACCGGCAAAGGAAGCAGAACACCUCUUCACCUCAGGAAAAUCCUUUCAGUGUUCCUCCCAACAGUGAGUCCCACAGCAGCCUAACCCAGAGGAGCACCACAUUUCCCACUGUUACUGUCACUCCAUUAAAUCCCACCUACUCUGCCAGCCCUGUGCUUGGUAGGUUUUUGGCCUCGAACCAGGCUUCACCUUAUGACACUGCUGAUUCAAAUGUACUCGUCAGUUCUUGGAGUAAUGGUUCCCUUGAACCAACUUCCCAAAUUAUUCACGCCGUCACCCCAACUUUGCAGAGGAAUCAGUACUGGGUAUAAAGGUAAUGAUGCAUACUUGGUGAUGAUGCUACAAGUUUAUGUAGAGAAUAAAUGGUACAAUUGAUUACUUACGGUUGCAGUUACCUGCCAUAGAUUUCUGGAGCUAUUUUUGACCCAUUGUGUGCAUUGUUCCAUUAAACGGAGUACUGUAUGAUACCAUCUAUCAAUUUAAGUCUCAUGAACUCCAUUUCCAGAAGGCCGAAGUUUCUGAAGAGGAAAGAAACAGCUUUUUCUAUCUUACAGGUCCAAUACAUUUAUGGAGCUCCUGAAGUUAAUGUUACCGCAAAGUUUUUCCAAAUAUAUUAGGUCACGUGUGAUUCAUCUUUGAACAAGAGUGGCUAAAAUGGGGUUGUUUCUGUAAAUGUUAGCGUCGCUUUGUCUACCAUGUUUCCACCGUGCAAACACUACGGGUGUCUUUAGAAGAAAAUGAAAUGCCUGCAUUUUAAUGGGCAAAAAAAGUUGUUUUUCUGCUAUCCGGGGUUACUCUGUGGGCAGAAAUGCUGCUACUGUGCAUGGAUAUGGCUAAUGUUUGGGAAAUUAUCCUGUAUGUGCAGCUCGUUCGACACAUAAUGGCACCUUGGGUAAAGGUGAGUGGGGCUGGGGCAAUCCCAUAUGAAGAAACACUUGGUUUCAACAAGUGGCACAAUUACUGGUACACCAAAUAGUCCCCUUUUAAAAUUAAUGUUACUGAACUUUAUUUUAGUUUGUACUUUGUUAAUUUAAUUCAGAACUUCGUAUUCAUAAAGCUCAACUUUUGGUUUCCUGGGUGUAUAAAUACAACAUGACCAAGAGGCCUAUUUCUUUUAGCCAAUGGCUAUUAAGCUGGUCGUGGAAGAAAGCCUUUUUAUUCCCCACAUCACAACCAUCAACUUGUGGAGUUUGCUAUCUGGAUUUGGAGAGAAACUUUGUUGUUUGAUCAAAUGAGACUUAAAAUUGAUGUUUUCUUAUAUACUCCAGGAUGGUCUGGCACAAAACAAAGGGGGAUUUAUGUGUGAAAGCACUUAAUCUCUAUUGUUAGGCAUGGUGGAGGACCUGUGAUUCUGUGGGCUUCUUUUACUGAAAACCUGCAAGACAUCAUGAACUCUAGGAAUUAUCAGGACAUUUUAACUAAAAAUGUUACGGCCUCUAUAAGAAAACUGAAAAUGGGUUAUUGUUGGGUCUUUAAACUGGAACCAGAGGAUCCAACACAUUAACCAAUCAACACAGUCCCACACCCAAAUCUUAUAGAAAACACUCUCUGUGUGUGUUCAGACCUUGUGAGAUGUUACUGAGUUAUGUAGGGCUAUUGGCAACAGAGGGUUUGUACAAAAUAAUAUUACUGCCAAUAUCACAGCGUAAGAUGAUGCUCCUGCAAAAAAAGGAGCUUAUUUGAAUGUUUUUUACACAAUUUUACUAGAGGUGCCAAUAAGUGAGAACGACAUUGUAAACUGAAUGAAGCAGAGUUCAGUGUUUUCUUUCAGUUUAGUCAUUCACUGAAAACCUACUCAUACCUCGUCUUUAUGCUGGCCAGAAAUGCCCCUUUAUGAAUCUGAAUAUCAGAGUGGAAGCUAAGGAUGAUAACAGCUUGAUACUGUGAAUUAUUGAGACUGGCACAAGGAUUUAUGGUCAAAGUAUUUCAAUAAAUUGUUCAGAUUUUAAAUUAUUUUCAUGUGUUGCAUAUAUAUAAAAAGUACAGUUUAUUUUGUUAUCUCAGGUAUUUUUUUUAACACAGCGUGUUACAUUAAUUAAAGGCAGCAUGUAGUCAGUAAUCACUGAACAAUACAAGCCUAAAUAACAAAAUUGGCAGGACUUUAAUAGGUUUUGUAAACACCGUUUUCUUUAGAAACGAAGUAGUUAAGUAUGCCCACUAAUGUGGUUUUACUUUAUGUUUACUACUCUUUAAAAGCAUUUAUUCAAGACAUAAAACAUGCUGCAGAUUUAAAUGCAUAAUACCUGACUACUAUUUAAAACUGAAAAUAUAAGUGAUUAACAACUAGUAGUAAUCUUUACCGGUGGGGUUUUAUCAGAAAAGAGGUCUUUAUUUAAAUCAACAGAACUACUGAAAAGUCUUGGAGAGACAAACAGGAAGAAACUUUUAUUGACUAAAAUGAGCUCUCUUUUUUUAAUCAUAUUUUAUCAAAGUCAGGAUAACUUCUGUCAAACGAUGGACGUUCUGCAGAUGAAGUCGGACCCCUGUAAAUAGGCAGUUCUGUUGUGAUCGGCUGAGAAAGGAGAAAAUGUAACUACUGUCGGGGAAAACAAAACACUGCAAAUGUAUUACUGUAGUUGUGAAAUAAUUUGUACUGAAAAGAAUAAUUUAUGUGUUCCAGUCUAAUCGAAGUGUUAACAUUUACUAUAUAAGUGUUGUAUUUAUUUAUACUGUAUUUUUAAUAAACCACUUUAAAAGUC